AUGGUGCUCGCCGACUCGUCUGUCACAAUCCGAACCCGCGUACGCUCCGCUUUCGGUCGUCUCCGCCCCAGCAAAUCCUCCCUGGGUUUAGCGACCAUGAUAAAGACUGAGUCUAUCCCUCCAGUACCACUUCCGGUGCUCCAUCUCCCCGAGGCGCUUUCAUCUGAUUUCACUGAAGCCAAAGUCUUUGAUGACUUUUGGGAUAAGAAAUCAAACACCCCGGUCCUUCUCAAGAGAUCCGAUAAAAAGCUGUCGAAAAGACCGGCUACUCGCCCAAAACCGCCAGCUGAUAACAGACAUCUACCUGUUUUGGAUCAAAUGCUAUUGCAGCAAGGCUUAGUGGACUCCCCCAUCAGCAUCCACCUGACUUCCUUGUUGGCAGAAUCAUGCCAAUCGUUGUCAUCUACAACAACGACCAGGCGCAGGUCGUCCUCAGAAUCUGUCUAUUCGCCUAGGUUACUUUGCUUGGCCUCAGCUGGACCAUUCACUCCGGAAGUGGUUAUCAAUCAUGUUGGCAAAACCACCCCAGAAUCUUCCGCAACGUACUUCGAUAUGGUCGAACCAGAAUGCUGCCUUCCGGUGAUUAAUUCAACUGAGGCGUCUGACUCUCCCCAAACCAUUAGUUCGGGAAUACUCCCUUCGGCCAGCUCGCCAAAUCUAUCCCUCCGCGCCGUCAAACUAAGCGCAUCUCCAUCGCAUCGCUGUCUAAAACGUCGAGGACUCAUACCAUCCAAUCAGCCAAUUUCUUCUCAAUUACUCCAGUCAGUCUUGUCAAAAAGCACUUCCGACUUAGGAUGCCACGUUGAGAUUAAGAGUCCUUCAGACUUCAAACUUCAACCCGCUUUGUCAGCUGCAAUUUCAGUAUGGACUGACGAUUCGAACAAGGACUCCACUCUCCGUCCACAGAUUUCUAAUUCACGGCAACCAUUGGCCUCACUCGAUAAAAAUUUACCCCUUCCCUUGCCAAGUUAUGGAAGAAAAGUGACGCUAGCAAAAACCCAAGCCUAA